CAACGCCACGUGUGGUACGACGAAACGGCGAAGAAAAACUGAACAAGAAGGGAAGCGCGGCGUUGGGGGACAAGAGCCGAGACGCGGCUGCCGGAAGACUGAAGACUCCCUCCGAUCCAUCCAUCCUAGCGUCCUGGCGGCAUCCACCAUUCCGAUUUCUCUUCUCUGGACAACCAUAUCAAACAUGAGGGAAUCGCCUUCAACACAAGGGGAACCAUCUACAUCUGCUAUGGUUGAUCAUAGUUGCUCAGCUGACAGGGUUGAAGAUUCACAAUUGUUCCUCUCUGUACCCUCUUUAAAUCAAGCUGCAUCUUAUCUUGCCCAGACAGCUUCAUUUCUCACACAGUGCCUCCCUGUACCUGGUUAUGUGGGUCUACCUGAGGAGGGCCAGGAGUUAGUAGCACUGCCACCUGCAUCGGUAGUAGACAGGCUUUCUGCUCAGACUUCUUCCGCAGAGUCUGCUGGCACCAACUCAUCCCUUGGUCAGACAGGUUGCAGUGGAAGCCCCUCUCCAGAAAGCACAGGUCAAAUGGUGCCCUCACAUGUUUUUCAGAAUGGAGCUUCACUGUUCCAAGGCCUUGUAGAGCGUGCUCGGAAAACUGUUCGUGGUUCGGCAGAUGAUAUCGGCUGGCUCCAAAGGGAUCAAAGCUUACCUACAACUGAGGAUGGGACAGCCAGAUUCUUGGAGAUUUUGGACUCUGUGAGAAAAAAUGAGCACAAGCUACCUGAUUCAGUUGUUUACUUGUUGGUUCCAGGUUUGUUUAGUAACCACGGACCGCUUUACUUUGUCAAGACAAAGGCAUACUUCUCCAAGAUGGGUCUAGCUUGUCAUAUUGCCAAAAUUCAUAGUGAGUCUUCAGUAAGUAAAAAUGCACGAGAGAUAAAGGAAUACAUAGAAGAAAUAUACUGGGGAUCAAGGAAACGAGUGCUACUUCUUGGUCAUAGUAAGGGCGGUGUAGAUUCGGCUGCAGCCCUCUCCCUCUACUGGCCACAGCUGAAAGACAAAGUCGCUGGUUUGGUAUUAGCUCAAAGCCCAUAUGGAGGAAGCCCAGUUGCUUCAGAUAUCCUGCGAGAGGGGCAGCUUGGUGACUAUGUCAGGUUGCGUAAAAUCAUGGAGGUCUUGGUAUCCAAAGUCCUCAAGGGUGAUGUGCAGGCUCUAGAAGAUUUGACCUAUGAAAGGAGGAAAGAAUUCCUGCGACAGCAUCCAUUGCCUCAGGAGGUUCCAAUUGUAUCAUUCCACACAGCGGCAAGCAUCACUCCUAGCGUGCUCACCGCACUUUCUCACGUUGCGCACUUGGAGCUCCCGAUUGCUGCCGAUGGCAAUUCCACCAGGAUACCGGUUGUAAUGCCACUUUCAGCUGCAAUGGCAGCAUGCUCUCAACUUCUGGUGGCAAGGUAUGGCGAGAAAAGUGAUGGUCUUGUGACAAGGAAGGAUGCUGAAGUUCCUGGAUCAGUGGUGGUCAGGCCAGAGCGGAAGCUAGACCAUGCUUGGAUGGUGUAUUCCUCGCUGAAAGAAGAGCCUGGGGAUCAGGCGGACACGUCGCAGGUAUGCGAAGCCCUGCUGACUCUUCUUGUAGAGGUUGCACAGAAAAGGAGGCAUGAGGUGGCCAUGAAAGAUGAGUGAAACUACUUGUUAGUGUUACCGUAGACUUUAUUUGGUGCUGUCUGUACAGAGUUGUGUCCAAAUUAACAUAUGCCCAAAGUGCUUCUGGGCCUGUUUUUCAUUGGUUCACAGAAGCUUAUUGUGUUCCGAGGCACAGCACCUCACAAUCAAACCACAGUGACCUUUUUGGCUAUUAAUUGGUUGCACAUUUUGAGUCGGUGGUUAACCCGUAA